CGCGCACGGUAACGGGGCCGCGCACGGUAACGGGGCCCCGCUGCUGGGGCCGGGUGGCGGUCCUGGGGAAGGGAGUGCAGCGGGCCCCGAGGAACAGAAGCUGUCGCUGUGUUGCGCAGCAGUCCUGGCAGCAAUUUGGCACGAUGACGGGCUUUGAGAAGAAGCUGCAUGAGGAGCUGGUUUCGCAGCUGCACGGCUUGGCCGCUGCCGGGGACGCGGGCGCGCUGCGGGCGCUGCUGCGGCGCUGCCCGGCGCUGCUCAACGCGGCCGCGGCGAACGGCUGGACAGCCCUCAUGUACGGGGCCAGGAACGGGCACCUCGGCGUGGUGCAGGUUCUUCUUCAGGAAGGGUGUGACAGAUCCAUCGUUAAUAAAUCAAGGCAGACAGCUCUGGACAUUGCUAAAUUUUGGGGGUACAAACACAUAGCAAAUUUGUUGGCUAAUGUGAAAGGUGAUCAGAAACCUAGUUUUUUGUCAAAUGAUGUGAAAGAAUAUGAAAAUUAUUUUGGCAUGACGCUUCUGGACAGAAGGAGUGAUAAAAGAACAGAUUCCAAGUGGCUAAGUAAAAAACAAAGCCAUCCAGCUACAGUAUACAUCCUCUUCUCAAAUCUAAGUCCCUUAGUUACUUUGGGAGGAGGAAGAGAGAGCUCACACCAACCAGAAGUAAAGCUUUGUAGGCUGUGCCACAAGGAUGUAGAACAGUACAUGAACCAAACUGAAGAAUGUACCUUGAUUUUUCUUGGAGUUGAACUUGAGUUUGACGUGAACAUGAUGGCUGCUUGCAAUGGAAGAGUUCUGCAAGAAGAUGAAGAUGGGUUAGUUGCUUGGUUUGCUCUUAGCAUAGAUUCUGAUUCUGCUGAAAAAUUUAAGCAGAAGCAUGAGGACUGUUACUUCCUUCACCCGCCAAUGCCAGCACUACUGCAGUUACCUGAAAAAGAAGCUGUGUAUUGUUUUGAAGGAGUAAUAGCCCAGGCAAGAUCUGUUCUAGCAUGGCACAGCCGCUACCGAUUCUGCCCAACAUGUGGGAGUUCAACCAAGAUUGAAGAAGGAGGUUACAAGAAAACUUGCUUAAAAGAAGAUUGUCCCAGUCUCCAAGGAGUUCACAACACAUCAUAUCCAAGAGUUGAUCCUGUUGUGAUAAUGCAAGUCAUCCAUCCAGAUGGGAACCACUGCCUUUUAGGUAGGCAGAAGAGAUUUCCCCCCGGAAUGUUUACCUGCCUUGCUGGAUUUGUAGAACCUGGCGAAACCAUAGAAGAUGCUGUUCGAAGAGAAGUAGAGGAGGAGGCUGGAGUCAAAGUUGCCCAUGUUCAGUACAUCUCUUGUCAGCCGUGGCCAAUGCCCUCCUCCCUAAUGAUUGGCUGCUUAGCUGUUGCAGUGUCCACAGAAAUUAAAGUUGACAAGAAUGAAAUAGAGGAUGCCCGCUGGUUCACUAGAGAAGAGGUCAUGGAAGUUCUCAUUAAAGGAAACCAGCGUUCUUUCUUUGUACCACCAAGUCGAGCUAUUGCACACCAGUUGAUAAAACAUUGGAUUGGAAUGAAUGCUAAUCUUUAAUUCAAGAAAUGGAUUUCUUUAAGUUGCUUCUUCUAUUGAAUGCUUAAUUUGGAAUAAAUUAGAACUGUUUGUCUAGUGAAUGUGUAACCAAGUGAUUUUCUGAGCCUUCACAUUGGUUCUAGAGCUAAACUGUGCAAACCUUUGUAGGUGUUUUCAGACCUGAAUGAGAUUUGGACAAAAGCCAGUAAUUAUCCCAAGCAAGCAAGCAACAAAUAAGUGGAAUUGGUACCUUGUUGAGUACAGGCUGUGUUUUUUGUUUUAGAAUGAAAUUAUUAUACCUUUUGCUCUUAUACUUCCUAUGUUUGAUUUGGUCUUCCCCUACUGGAAGGAGUCACAGCAUUACAAAGAGGGCUGUCUGACCUUGCAUGCUGUUUGAAUUCUCUACUUACAUCCUCCUAUUUGGCCUUAAUUAUUUCAUUCUCAUUUUUGCCUAUCUCCAUUCUUUAAAUUUGACCUGUCACAAAAAUCUACAUUCAGUGCUGAAAGCCUUACCAACUAUGGUUAUUUUAAAGUUAAUAUCAUAUGUAAAUAGUGAAUAUGUGGUAUUUCGUAUCUUUUACAUUACAAAUUCAUUUUAAUGUAUAUUAAUGGAUGAGUAAAAGCAGAGCAUUUAAUUGUCCAUUCUGACUUAGCCUGCACUUACCCAAUUGUAUGUCAGCCUGAAUUGAAAGGUAUAACACGGUACUUUGUUUUUGAAAAUGGUGUUGGAGAACCACCCCCAAAUCCUAAGUAUUAGUGGUUUUACAAGAGAACAAUGUACAUAUUGAUGCUAGAAAAUAAGUAAUUUCAUUCUCUGAUAAUUAGAAAUGAAACUAUAGAGUAAUGAAUAAGGAAGAACUAGGCAUAUUCAAAAUAUGCAGAAAGUUCUUUAGGGAAAUAAAGAUGCUAAGGUUGUAUCUGCUGUUAAGAAUCUUACACUUGAAAGAAGUUUAUUAACUGCCUCUAUAAGACUGGGAUAGCAAUAUGUUAAUUAAAAUAUUUAUUUAUGUAUUUUUAAUGCUGCUGUUCAGGUUUGUGCCUUACUUUAUCAAGUUACUUAUGAUAAUGUUGAUAUUCUAAAAAGGAAAGUAUACUGUUUUAUUAUUAAUUCCAUUAUGUAACAGUUCAUAGUCUGUCAUUCUGCAGUCAUUGCAGUGAUAUGAAAAGAAAUGCAAAUAACCUGAGGAAAAUGCAAUUAUACUGACAAAUGUAAACUUAUUAUUAUAUGAGUUGUUUCUUUGGAGUAAUUUAAAUUCUUUUUAACACUGAAUGGUGUUAUAUUUUUUCCAAAAUCCACUGCAGCCUGGAAUCAGUAAAACUGUAGUAAAAUCCUGA